AUGUACAACUCACUAUCGUCACUACGACCGCGACAUGGCUCUUGUUGGACGCACGCCGCGACGCUGUUCACGGUGGCUGCCGUCGUGCUGACGGCCGCCCAAGCCGCGUCCACCGGACGCCCAGCCGUCGUCGCUGGCGACAUGGCGGCCGUCAGUUCGGACGCGCACUACGCGGUGGCGGCCGCGGAACCGGUCGUGGCCGAGUCGAAGAAGGUGGCCGGCAAAGCGUCGCUGAUGGACGGUUACGUGCGGACCGGUUCGACCAAGGGCGACAAGGGCUACAACGAGGACGACGUGUACGGCGACAAAGACUCGGACAGCUAUGGGUUCGGCACGCAGGUGUCGUUCGGUAGCAAGGCGGGCGACGGCGGUAACGGCGCGUACCACGAGUCGACGGCGUACGACGACAACGGCCGGUCCAACCCCAAGUAUUCGGCAUGGCACUUCGAGGAGAAGGACGGCAAGCCGACCAAGCGGUACGUUUACGACUCGCUGAACGACGACGGUAGCAAGAUGUCCAAGAACAAAAAGUACGACCCCCUGGCCGUCGAGGCCGAGGCGUCCGAGUACGACAGCGUCGAGGCGUACGACGACGCGGACGACGGUGGCGGCGGCACGCACGCCGGUUACGAGGUGGACGACGCCGAACCCGAGUACGGUAACCUGUACGACUCGGCCGACGUCUACAACGACGCCGACGCGUACUAUUGA